AUGUCCUGCUUCCUCUUCAGGCUGGGAAGCUCGGCAAGAGUAUCUCCUCAUCGGGCUAACAGGCUGUUUCAGAGCAUCCCACGAGACCUUCAUUCUUCCUCGAGGCUCUUUGAGAAUCCACAACCAUUAUUCCAAGCUGCAGCCUCACGAAUAUUCAGUCCUGAUCGUCUAUCUCUUCUCAGACUCUCAAGUUCCACCCGACCCGUAUUCCACAAAAUCCGGUCGAGUUGGGCUUCCAGAGGGACCCAGCAAGUGGGUAGAACGCGGCCGCCAUCGGGGCGUACAGGCAAGAAUUGGAAUGCAGGCGGUUCGGGAGGACGUGGAGGAUUAUUCAAGUUUCUUGACCAAAUACCUGAGGAUUUUCUAUUUUGGGGGAUUCUAGCUACUAACGGAGUGGUGUUUUUGAUGUGGUUGGGGGCGUCGAGGACGCAGAUGUAUUCCAAUGAUUCAAGCGAUCUAAAGUUUAUGGUGAACAAUUUUAUGUGCAGUUGGAGCAACCUUUAUGCGGGAAGGAUAUGGACGAUGAUUACGAACAUGUUCUCGCACAAGGAUUUGAGUCACAUACUCUUCAAUUGUUUCACGUUUUACUUCUUGGGGCAGCCUGUGAUUCGACUCCUCGGGACUAAGAGAUUCCUGGGAUUGUGGUUUGGAUCUGGGCUGAUGACCAACUCUUCCAGCCUGUUCUGGAACCCAAAAGCGGCCAAUGUCCAUUCACAUGGUUCGAGUGGUUGCAUCAAUGGUAUCAUGGCGUUCCUCGCCUGCACGGCCCCUACCAUGAAGUUUCUUAUUUGGGGGAUAGUACCAGUGCCAGCGUGGCUACUGGUGUCUGGCUUGUUCGCGUACGACCUCUAUGGAACGGUUAAUCACUCAAGGUCAGGUGUAGACACGGCAGGGCACGUUGGAGGAACUAUCGGAGGUGUUGCUUAUUAUCUGGGAAUGGUGUUCAGGAUUAUUCGGUGA